AUGCGGUACUCAUUGCUUGCUGCCCUCGUGGCAACUCAGAGCUCGGCUCUAAGUGUGCAUCCUCUUGACACUCGCGAUGACCUCUCUACAUCGCCGCCUGUCUAUCCCUCUCCGUGGAUGAACCCGCAAGCCAUUGGCUGGGAAGAAGCAUAUGAAAAGGCAAAGGACUUUGUCUCUCAGCUGACCCUGACGGAAAAGGUCAACUUGACCACCGGUGUUGGAUGGCAAGGAGAACAAUGCGUCGGCCAGGUCGGCUCCAUCCCGCGACUCGGCUUCCGCAGUCUGUGUAUGCAAGACUCUCCCCUCGGUGUACGAUUCGGUGACUAUGCCUCGGCUUUCCCGUCGGGACAAACUGUUGCGGCGUCCUUUGAUAGGGAUCUCUUCUACCGACGCGGUCAGGCCAUUGGUGCUGAACACAAGGGCAAGGGCGUCACAGUGGUUCUUGGUCCAGUCGCCGGACCCAUUGGUCGCACUCCCGAGGGUGGAAGAAACUGGGAGGGUUUCUCUCCCGACCCAUGGCUGACUGGUAUCGCCAUCUCCGAGACGACCAAGGGUAUUCAAGAUGCUGGUGUGAUUGCUUGUGCCAAGCACUACAUUGCCAAUGAACAGGAGCACUUCAGACAAGUCGGUGAGAGCAACGACCGGGAUUACAAUAUCACCGAGGCUCUGUCUUCCAACAUUGACGACAAGACCAUGCAUGAGCUCUACCUGUGGCCGUUUGCCGAUGUGGUACGGGCUGGUGUGGGCUCCAUCAUGUGCAGCUACAACCAAGUCAACAACUCGUACGCGUGCCAAAACUCAAAGAUGCUCAAUGGAUUGCUCAAAGGCGAACUCGGCUUCCAGGGCUUUGUUAUGAGCGACUGGCAGGCUCAGCACACUGGCGUUGCAAGCGCCGUAGCGGGACUGGACAUGACCAUGCCUGGUGACACCUCAUUCAACAGCGGACUCAGUUUCUGGGGUACCAAUCUGACUCUGGCUGUCAUCAAUGGAACUGUUCCAGAGUACCGCAUUGACGAUAUGGCUAUGCGCAUCAUGGCCGCCUUUUUCAAGGUUGGACUUGAGCUGGAACAACCCCCGAUCAACUUUGACAGCUGGACCCUGGAUACCUAUGGCCCGCUCCAUUAUGCUGCCGGUGAAGGGUACCAGCAGAUCAACUGGCACGUCGAUGUCCAGGAGGAUCAUGGCGCCCUGAUCCGAGAAGUUGCUGCAAAGUCUACAGUCCUGCUCAAGAACAAUGGCGCUCUGCCUCUCAAUAAGCCCAAAUUCCUUGCCGUCAUUGGCGACGAUGCAGGCCCUGGUGCUCUGGGACCCAAUGGCUGCUCUGACCGCGGUUGUAACUCUGGAACCCUCGCCAUGGGCUGGGGCUCUGGUACCGCCAACUACCCCUACCUGAUCACGCCAAUCGAUGCACUCAACAUCCAGGGAGCAGACGACGGUACUCGUAUCGAGGCUGUGCUCAACAACUCGGCUUCCGACACAAUUCUCAGCCUGGUUUCACAGCAGGAUGCCACAGCGCUAGUAUUCGUCAAUGCCGACUCUGGAGAAGGCUACAUUGCCGUUGAUGGAAACGAGGGUGACCGCAAGAACUUGACACUCUGGGGCAACGGCGACGCGAUCAUCAAGAACGUCUCGUCUGUAUGCAACAACACCAUUGUCAUCAUUCACUCUGUUGGUCCUACUCUGGUUACUGAUUGGUAUGACUCGCCCAAUAUCACUGCCAUUGUGUGGGCUGGUCUUCCCGGACAGGAGAGUGGUCGCUCGCUUGUCGAUGUGCUGUACGGCAAAGUCAACCCAGCCGGCAGGACCCCAUUCACAUGGGGUGCUACCCGAGAGGACUAUGGUGCUGAUGUCUUGUAUGAGCCCAACAAUGGUAAUGGCGCACCUCAACAAGAGUUUUCCGAGGGCGUCUUUAUCGACUACCGCUCGUUCGAUGCCAAGAAUGCCACGCCAAUCUUUGAGUUUGGUUUUGGACUGUCUUAUACCACCUUUGAGUACUCUGACCUUGUUGUUGAGAAGAAGUACCCCACAGAGUACACUCCUACGACGGGUGAGACGGCCGAAGCUCCCGAGUUUGGAAACUUUUCGACCGAUCUGAACGAUUACCUGUUCCCAGUGGAUGAGUUCCCGUAUAUCUGGCAAUACCUCUACCCUUAUGUCAACACCUCUUCCUCGGCUGAAGAAGCCUCGCAAGAUCCCGACUACGGCCAGACAGCCGAGGAGUUCCUUCCAGCUGGCGCCAUCGAUAGCAGUGCCCAGCCACUUUACGCUGCUGGACCAGCCGCCGAUGCCGAGUCUGGUGGAAACAGUCAACUCUGGGAUGAGCUGUAUACCAUUACCGCACAGAUUACCAACACUGGUGAUAUUGAGGGUGAUGAGGUUCCUCAAGUCUACUUGUCUCUCGGAGGCCCCGACGACCCGGCCGUGGUUCUGCGCGGCUUCGACCGCAUCACCAUCCAGCCUGGCGAGACAAUCCAGUUCAACGCUUCUCUUGCACGGCGCGAUGUCAGCAACUGGGACACGGCUAGCCAGAACUGGGUCAUCUCCGAGUACCCCAAGACCGUCUACGUCGGACCCAGCAGCCGCAAGCUGACGCUUAGUGCCUCGUUGGAAUAG